UCAAAGAUUUCCCCGAGAACCGAACAUGAUGAUGGAAGGAAUCAAAGGUCUCGGAGGAGAAGGAAGAGUUUGUGUUGGAGAGGAAGACAUAGGAGAUAGUAUGCAGUGUAAUGACCACGCCUUCAGAAACAACCCUGGUGGGAUCUGUCCGUUUUGCCUCCAAGAGAAGCUUGGCAAGCUUGUCUCCUCUUUCUCUCUUCCUAUUCGUAGCUCUUCCUCUUCUUCUCCCUCUCCUUCUUUUAAAUCUGAUAUUGGAAAUGGUGGUGCUGGUUCUUCUUCUUCCUCUCCUUCACUCUCAGUCCGACCCACAUUAACAAAAGUUAUCUACGAUGCUGGCAGCAAAGACGGUCAUUAUCAUGAGUAUUAUAGAAGGCGGGCCCGGAUCCUUUUUCUUUUAGCUAAGAAGAAGAUCAAGAAGAAGAAGAAAGUUACUACAGUAGCAUCAUCCGAUCGUGCAGCUAAUAUGGUUUUUAAGCGAAGCAAGUACACCGCAACCCCUGGGAGAAAACAGUUCUCGGGUGCUGACAAUGGUGAACACGUCAGCCAAAGAAAAAGUGGUGGAUUUUGGUCAUUUCUCUACUCUUCUUCUUCUACUACUACUACUGCUUCCUCUUCUUCGAAGUCCGGUGCUUCCAAGAGUAUGGACAAGAGCUUCAGAGACGGCUCCAAGAUCACAACUUUGAAAGCAGACGAAGCAACAAAUGGUUCAGUUGGUAAGCAUAAAAAGAAGAAGCGUCCAGGGUCCUCUCUGGGCGAGAAAAGUGACAUUGCGGAAGAUGAUGAUGAUGAUGAUGGUUCCAAUAGGCAAGCAAAUGCUUCAGCCUCGUCCUUUGAGCGUAAGGUUUGGAGAUCCAGAUUUGUUGGGUGUGGAAGCAGGAGCUUCUCAGGGGACUUGUUCGAGAGAAUCUCCGCUGAGUUUGGGGACUGCACUCUAAGAAGAGUGGAGUCGCAGCGAGCAGGCAAGUCCAAGGUCUCGGCCUCUGCCGAAAUACGCAGUAGCUCUAGCAGCGGCCAUCAACAGAAGUGCAUGAAAGAAAGGGUGAAGUGCGGUGGCAUAUUUGCUGGAUUUAUGAGGAUUUGAAUGGGAAAUUAGCAGCUAGCAGCGGCCACCACCAACUUGGCUGCCAUUCCUUCCAAAACAAAAUUC